UUAUGAUUUUUUAAUUUGUUUUCCACACUCCAUUGCCACUAUAAAUAGGCUGAUGAAUCCCAACUUUCUCCACAACCAAGCUUAGCUCACUUACUCAUCAUCUGAUAUUCAUACACAAAGCUUUCUUGUAUCCCAAGGAAACCAACCAACCAACCAACCCUUUUUGUAAUGGAGAGUGUAAGAGAAUUGGCUACAGAGAAGGCAGCAGUCAUCUUCACCAAGAGCCAAUGCUGCAUAUGCCACAGUGUAGAGAGGCUUUUCUACGAGCUCGGUGCAAGCCCUGCUAUUCACGAGAUUGAUCGGUACUCAAAUGGGAGGGACAUGGAGUCAGCGUUAAAGCAGCUCGGGUGUAACCCUUCUUUCCCUGCUGUGUUCAUAGGUGGGAAGUAUGUAGGCUCAUCAAAGGAUAUCAUAUCCCUCCAUGUUGAUGGGUCUCUAAAGCAAAUGCUCAAAGAUGCAAGAGCCAUCUGGUUCUAGCUACCUAGAUAUGUAUUAUACUAAUUAGUAACUGCACAGAAACUAAGCUAUAUAUGUACACAUAUAGGCUAGUUAAUGUGCACUUAAUUAGCUGUAGUAUGUAUGUAAACACAGAAACCUAGCCCCAGUGCCAUGCUUAAUAAAGAAAAUGUAGUAUUGGGGUUUUUAACGUUUCUACUAUGUACCUAAUUUUCUGGCUACAUGCUUGAAAUGCAAGUCAGAUCAUCAAUAUGAAAAAUAUUAUAUACA